UUCGGAGACACAGCUUUGCACACAGCCACCCGAUACGGUAAUCUGAAUGUGGUUCGAAUCUUACUGUCCCACGGAGCUCGUCAGGACGCUUGCAAUCGAAACUUGGAUAGUCCGUUGCACGUGGCUGUCGGGUUGCGACACUAUGAGAUAGCAAGCCUGUUGGUUGAAACCAGUCGAACGAAUCACCAAUCGGUGGACGUAUGCACUUUGCUGAACGCUCAAGGCGAAACUCCGUUGGAUUUGGCGAGGCGGAAAAAUUACGCGGAGUUUUACUAUUUGUUGCGACUGAACUAUGGAUCGAAUCGGGACGAGGGGCAACGGAAUACUGUCGGUCAUCCAAAGAACACAUCAACUCCUCAGGCGUUAUCAGGUCAAACAUUGGAAUGUGAAUUCCCGACUGUUUCGUGUUGCACUGACCGUAUACAACACAUAACCUAUCACGAUAACUUCUUGACUCCUUUGGAUCAGUCGAAUGGGUCGCGGGAUACUCAAGUUGCCCUCGGUUGUCCACAGGACGGUUUGGUCGUAACGUCUCAUCCUCCACUUCUGGUUGACAGUAUGAAGCAGCCACAUGCGACACAACUGUUGGAUAGUGGUCUUCCCGAAGUAAGUUACCCAAUGCAGAUUAGUAUCCAUGGAAAGCAGAGGAACACUACGCUAUAA